AUGGAAUAUUCAAAAGAUACGGAACACAUUCAAUAUAAUUAUAAUAAUAUUCAGAAACUUUUAAGGGUUGAAUUGGAAAAAUCACCUGAACGCUUUUCAAAACCAAUUUAUGUCUUACCUGAUAUUGAUGAUAAUGUCGAAUGUCAAUUGGAACAAGAGCUACUAAACGAAAGCAAAUAUAAUACUGGAAAUCGCAUUAUUCUAAUUCCAUAUCGUUUUGAAAACUCCCACUGGACUGGUAUUUUAAUUGAAUUUCAAGCGACCAAACAAAUUAUACGAGCUGAAUAUAUUGAUCCAGUCAAUGGGUCUAGUUUCGUUCCGGAUAGGUUACAGAAUCAAUUAGCUAAAGUUUACCCAUCUACUGUUCUGCAGACAAAGGAUCUGUUAAAGCACAAUGAUCGAACACAUAGUGCAAGAUUAACCAUUAGAAACUUAUUAGCUGCAGUCGAAAACGAUCAACGUCCACAGAUGCGUCAACCAUACGUGAAUAUUCCAGACGGAAAUGAAACAAGUACAUAUUCAAUUGAAUCAAAAUUACUGCAUUGGCAGCAGAGCAAAAAUACGAUUUCAAAGAAAGGUAAUGGCUAUAGACUUGCUGAUCUAGAACAACAAUUAAAGAACGGACUCGAAAUACUAAAAAUUUCAGACGUAAGUUUAAUACCACAAAAAAUACAGGAAAUAGAAGUACGAAUCAAAAAAUAUGAUGAUGAGGGAAGAAUAGAUGAUAUUGAGAAAGAAGAGAAAUACUUACGGGAACUUCAGGAGUUACAAAAAAUUUCGGAAUUAAUUUAUUCUGAAUCUAUCUCGAGUAUUCCCAAUAAGGAUAACAAGUCAAAUGUGAAUAGAACUGACAAACAAGGUCUUGCAAGUUCAAGUAACAUUAUUGCACUUGAGAAAAACAAACGACUGUCACAUCUGAACGAACUGCGUGAGGAUUCCGUUGCUAUGCCACCUUGUGCUGAAAAAACCAUAUUGGAACUUUUAGAACAUUUUGAACAGAAAUUAUUAGAAAAUUGUCCGUACUCACAAGAACAAAACUCAGUAAUUGAAAUGUUAAGUAAAUUGAAUGAUCAGAUUACAAAGCAAGAUUUAAAUUCAAAAGAGGUUCAAACUAGUCUUCAAAAUUUAAACAUAGCCGUAAAUAGUGGUAAUAGGUCAAGUUCAGUGGAUAUUCUGUACGAACUUAAAAAAAAAAUCAGACCACUGAAUGUACAAGAUAUACAAAGACUCGUCUCUAAAGCGAAAAAGGCUGCUGAAUUAAUCCGUGAUAAAGAUAUUAUUUUGUUAGUAGGUGAAACUGGCAGUGGAAAAUCUACUAUGAUUCACUUUCUUGCAGGUUCUGAGAUGAAGGAGGUGCAAGUGGAAAUUGAACCCGGGAAAUUUUUAGAUCAUAUUACACCAAUUAGACCUGUCAAGAAUCCAGAAUUGAAUAAUGUGACUAGUAGUCCAUUUCACAAAUCAGAAACGCGCUAUAUUACACCAGUUACGAUACAAUUGAAAGAUAUUCUUGGUAGUCAUGAAACUGACGUUAUUACUUUAUGUGACGCACCUGGUUUUAGUGAUACAGCAGGUGUAGAGGUAGAUAUUGUUAAUAGUCUAGGAGUUAUCGAAGCAUUGAAAGGAACUAAAAGUGUCAAGAUACUUGCUUUGUCAAGCUAUCAAAGUUUAGGUGAUAGAGCUAGUCCAGAUCGAUUAGGAGAAGAUGAUAUUCGUGAGUAUAAAGCUGCUGUUGAAUAUCUUCAACAGUGCCAAAUCUUAAAAGAACAUUUAGGAUCAUCUCUAUUAUCACCUGAAACAUUGAUGCAAAACAUCAUUUCCAAUUUAACUGAAGAACUUUUUAAAAGAGCUACAGAUCAUACUUUAGAAGAUAUAGAGAAAUUAGUCGAUGAUAUGGAUGCUAUUCGUAAAAUUCCAGAACUAGAAUCAAAGACUGCUGGGACAUAUUAUCGUACCGUUGAAACAUUGCGUAAUUAUAUGCAGAAAUUGCAAAUAGAAGCAGAGCAAUUACUACUUACUAUAGAUCAUCAGACUGGAACUAUUAGUUAUAGACAUCUCGCACAAUCAUUGUUACGUUUGAAAAACGCAGAAUGGAUCAAUCAUCUUAGUCCAGGAACGUAUGAUACUUUAAUGCGUCGCAUUAAAGAAAAGUUAGUGCAACAUGCUUGUCAAUUGGAAGAUCGCUUGAUGAAUAUAGAUUAUAGUUUGAAAUGUCCAGAUAAUGUUUCUAUUGUGCAAGAAAUUGUUAAAAAAAUUGAAUCUAUGCGGGAUUUAGAGCGUAUUGUUCCAGAACUUGAAAAGCACAGACAAAGUGUACUCCAACGAUUUUUACAAUGUACACAGACAGUCUUUGAUUGUAUACAAACGACUUUUAAUUUACAAGAUAAAGAUGUUUAUCUAAUAAAACAAGAGUUGAAAAAUCUCGAAGAAAUUAAAAAAGGAUGUAAUGAUUUACAUCCAGCUCGUAUAUUUUUACGGAAACACAAUUAUUCUGAUAUUAUUAUGCUGAAUGGUGAGAUUGAAGAGUUAAAAACUAGGCAAAAAGGUGCAUUUCAAAUAGCAGAAACUGAACAACAUGACAUGAAGUAUACGUUAGAAAAUUUAAAUUCAAUUGUUCGAGAAUAUAUGAAUUUAUAUCCUUCAGAGACAGAUCGAGGUGUAACUGGAGAACUGUCGGACAUGCUAGGAAGAGCAUUGCACGGUAAAAGUACACAGGCAGAGAGUUAUUUAAAGACGAUAGGAUAUUCAAGUAUCGAUGUUGUGCGCGAAAAGAUUGCAGAGACCGAAAAAAGUUAUCGUAACAAAUUACAAUGGAGUACGAAGCAAAAUGAAGAAUUAAGUAUUUCUUUAAGUCGUCUUGAAUCAAUAAAAGAAGAGCACGACUCAUUAUUAGCUACACGUAAUUUAGUAUCUUCUGAAGAAAUAAGUUUCCUUCGAGAAAAAGGAUUCAAUAGUUAUGAAUUACUUGACGAAAAUAUACAAGAGAAGACGAGAAUUAUUGGUGAACGUGGAAAAAAUAAACAAUCAUUCCAUUUUAGCGACAGAAUAGACGCGUCUACAGCAAAUAAUGCGUUGGUGUAUUUAAGUCAAUGCGAAAAAGUAGGCCAUCAUUGUGUAAAAGAAAGUGCAGCUGAUACUCAUGAAAUUUUGAAAAACUAUUUAAGUGAAUACGGUAAUUUUCUUAAUCAAGAAAUAAGUAAAAAAUCCAACUAUAUAAUUAGUAUUGACGCUGAAGGAGGUCGUUUUCAAUAUUCUCAAGAUUUAGAAAUGCGUUUACAAGAGUUAUCAUCUCUUAGUAGAUUUCCGCAUGUUUUUGAAUGUAUUGAUGGACUUGCGAAAGUAAAUCAUUGGCAUCGAGAAUUUCUUGAAUAUCAUCGUAUUCUGGGUGAUAAAAUGAAAGCAUAUGAAGAUGAUAAAAGACAUAGAGAUAGUGGCAACACCAUAGAGUACAUGUCAAAAGGAGAUUAUGCCAAUGCAGAUAUAGAAUUAUCUGAUAUUGAUGAUAAUCUUUUAAAUCCAAGAGAUAAAGCUCAAAUUGAGCAUGAUCUACAAAGUUCUUUAAAUAAGUUGAUAAAUAAUACUAAAAGUAUUGCAAAUUGGCUUGAUGGGAAAAUUGAACGAGAGGAAGAUAAUCGAUCCCAAAUAAAAGAAAUAAAAGAAAAUAUUGAUAAAAUUCGAAUUGCUUCAAAUAAACACCGUAUAAUGAAUCUACUUGAUGGUGGAACUCGAGAUGUUCUUCAAAAUUUUGAUAAAGAAAUAAAUGAAAUUUUAUCUAGAAUUAUUUUAAGAGGACUUAGAUCUAUUGAAACAUUUAUUGAUGCUGACAGUUUUUCUGAAGCUGAACAAGGAAUGGAAAAUCUUAGUCGAGUACAACGUGAAUUAGCAGGUUAUUAUAUAUCACAAAGUGUUAAUGAAAAAUGUGAAGAACUAAGAGAAAGAAUAAAUCUUAUAGUUAGUGAAAUUUUGAAAAAAACUGACUUUACAGAUGUCAACAAUUAUUCUGUUAAUCCACCUAAAGAUCUAUUAGCUAAAUUAAAAAUGGUUGCAUCACAUGGUAGUGCUAGAUUUAUUCAAGCUUAUCAUUCAAUAUUAGGAAAAGUUAAACAAAGUUUUAGUUUAGCUAUAAAUGAAGUACGUAAUGCACCAUUACAUGAACGUUAUGUAAAAAUACGUUUAUUAAAGUAUGCAUUAUGUUUUUUACCGGAAGAUUUGCAAAUCUAUUUCAAUUUACAAAUCGGUGAAUUGAGCAAGUUAAUUACCGAAGAGGAGAAAGCACAUAAACAACAUCUCGAAACAUUGCUGGCAAAUAUGGAUGACGAUGAACAUUCUAUCACAGAAGUAGGGUCACUAGCUGAGCAGUAUAAAAAACAAAACUUGAAUGAUCUUUUUAAUAAAUUACGUGAACAAAGUUUAAAGAAACUGCACAUUUAUCGAACGAACGUGCAGACUUGUUUAGAUAAACAAGAUAUACAAUCCGCUGUUUCUAUUGUCAAGAUAAUAUUCAAAUAUGAAAGAUCUCUCGGUACCUAUAUUCCAGAAGUAACAGAAAUAUACAAUAGCGUUCAUAUUCUAAUAAUAAAAGGAUUUUCAUAUUGUUGUGAAACUCUUGCUAAUAUAUCUUCGACUGAACAAACACGAUUAAUAGAAAAAGCAUUUAGUGAUAUUCUUGUUUAUCUAAAAUUUUCUGAUACAUUCAAUAAAAGAGACGAAGAAUUCUUUUCAGAAAAUGAAUUAAAAAAUGCAGAAGAUGCAUUUCAGAAAAUGUCUCAAUAUUUAUACAAAAAUUCAAGAAAAUUUCAAUCUGCUCUAGAAGAAAUGAACAUCAUUGAAUUAUAUAAAGUUAUGUUAAUAUCGAAGAAAUGGGAUAAACUUUUACAAAACAUUAGGCAAUGUCAAUUGAAACAUAAAUUAGUAAAAAAAUUAUUCGAAGAAAUUAAAAGAAUUAUUUCGCACACAGAUAUGAUUUGUGAACUUGAAAACAUGGUGAUUCAACUAAAGAAUCAAUUAAAUGUUGAACUCGUUAGUGAUGAAACAACGAAAUUUGAAAUUAAACGCGAAGAAUUUUUUAGUAAAUUAACGAGAAUAAUCAAAAUAUUAAGAGAGAUUAAUCUGAAAUUUAAAGAUAUUUUAUCAUCAACAUUAUAUGUAGAUAAAUUAGCAGAUCUUGAAAAGAAAGUCGAAAGAAUUAGUGAACAAUUACUUGCUAAAGCAUCAAGAAAAGAACUUUCUUCUAAAGAUGCUGAUGAUUUUCGUACGUAUUAUAAUCAUCUUUUAUCAUUUGAAAAGUAUGUACGUAUUCCAGAAAUAAAAAGUAUUCGAUUGGUUUUAGAUCAAUCAGAAGAAAAAAUUCUUGAAAAAGUAAUAAAUUUACGUAAAGAAAUUAUCGAGUCUUCUUCAGAUGCUGUAAAAGUUUGUAAAAUGUUAAUUAAGAUGAAAUUUUUUGCUGAAAAUUUAUCAAUGUUUGAUACAAAUAUUAACACAGAAAUUGAUGAAACUCUUAAAAUUUAUAAAGAAGAAAAAGGUAAUCUAGGUAUGACAAGUUUAACUUUAGAAUUAGAAAAAUCAGACGUAGGUGGUCGAAUAAUUAAUGAACAUUCGUGUUUUAGUGGAGAAGAUUGUCGAAUACGACGAGAAAAAAUGCAAAAACAGGAUAAUCUGGAAUAUGUACUAAAUGAAUUAACUGGAGACGAUAUUUCGAAGAAAGUUUUGAGAUCACGUUACGAAACUUUUAAAGAAAAAUAUGAUAAAUUAGUGUCUAAUAACCUAAAUUUUUUCAAUCAGAGCAUUAAUAAAGAACCAGAUGUCGAGGUAUUAGUUGUACAAAUCAAACAUCUUGUUGGAACAAUAACUCAUACAUCUAACUCUGUUACUUGGCGUCGUUCCUUUAGAGACGAAAUUCCUGAUCUUUUAGCGCAUAUUUUCGCUGUUUGGACUUUACAAAAUACCAAACAUUAUAAUACGAUGCGUGGUAUCGAAGCAGCACAGUCUUAUUUAUUGAUGCCACAUGUUGGUCAGGUUAUUGCUAUUUUUCGUCUGCUUGGUAUUGGUUACGAGAAUUACAAGAAAAUCAUAGGACAUAAGGUACCUUUCACAAGAAAAAUUUCAGAUGAUUUAAUUAAUAAUUUAGUGCAAGUAGGUACAGGUGAAGGUAAAUCAGUUGUGAUGGCAAUAACUGCUUGUGUUUUUGCUCUUACCGGAGUAGAUGUAAACUGUUCAUGUUAUAGUGAAGUCUUAAGUGCGCGAGAUAAGAAUGAUUUUGCUUCAGUUUUCCGAGCACUUGGAAUAGAAGAACGUAUUGAAUAUGGUACUUUUAAUAAAUUAUGUGAACAAUUAUUGAAUGAACAAUGUAAUGUCCGAGAAAAAGUACGUGAUAUGAUUGCAACUAAUCAAAGUACGCUUCCUGCAACUGAUACAUCAGUACGUAUACGUCCAAAAGUAUUGUUGAUUGAUGAAGUAGAUGUUUUUCUAAGCGAUAAAUAUUAUGGUGGAAUGUAUAUACCAUCUGUAUAUUUGAAAGAUCCUUCCAUAAAGAAAUUAUUAGAUUCCAUUUGGCAAGAUAAGAGUUUAAAAACAUUAAAUAGUGUAAAAGCUCUGCCAGCGUAUAGAACUUGUGCAACUAAAUAUAGUAAUUGGAUUUUUCUUUUCGAUGAAGCCAUAAAAGAUAUGCUAGCUGCUUUAAAAUCGUUUCAAUCAUCAACAUAUAUCGUACAGAGUGACAAGAUUGUUUAUGUCGAAGGUGAAUCUAUAGUAGAUAAUGUCGUUCGUGGUUAUGACACAAUUUGGGCAUAUUAUCGUGAAGAAGAAAGAGAUAAUAUUAGUCAGAGUAGUCUAAAUGAUAAUGUAGGCAUUAUUUUAAAUUGUGGAACAUUUUCUUACGCUGAAAUGCCUUAUGACUUUGAGUAUAUUGCUGGUGUUACCGGUACUUUGAUAACACUUGCGAAAGCAGAAAAAGAUAUAUUAGAAAAAGUGUACAAAGUUCACAAAAUGACGUAUAUGCCAUCCGUAUUUGGAAGUAGUAAUCGUACUUAUAAUCCGAGAACUGAUGUGCGUGCAGUAAAGGAUAGUGAAUAUUUUAUGGAAAUUCGUGAAGAAAUUAAUGCGGUAUGUCAUGCAAGUCGUGCGAUUCUUGUGUUUUUCGAAUCUGAAGAAAAACUAAUAACAUUUUAUAAUUCCUCUGAAUUGUCUUCUAUAAAACACGAUGUACAAAUUAUAACAGAAAAAGUUUCUGUAAAAGAAAGAGAGCUAUGCAUUAAACGAGCAGCAACAGUUGGUAAAGUUACACUAUUAACUCGAACAUUUGGACGAGGAACUGAUUUUAUAUGCCGUAAUCAACAGCUCUUAUUGAAUGGUGGUAUUCAUGUACUUCAGACAUUUUUUUCAGAAGAAUUAUCUGAAGAAUAUCAAAUUAUGGGGACCCAGAAUCGUCUACCCGUAGCCGUACACUAA